CGACGUACCUAUACUUUAAUUGUGCGAGUUAUUCAACGUUGUACAGAUAUCGACUUAUUAUUGAAGGUUUGAAGUUUUGAUUGGUGUAAAGUUAAAAAAAAAAACAUGAAAAAGAAUAUUUCAGAUCAAAGUAAAUAUUUGAUGCAAACCACUGUAACAAUUAUACGUUUCAUAGUAAUCUAUUCUCAGUUUACUAUUUUAUACUUACAUAAUGUUGUUGAAGUAAAUGCUGCUCCAUCUACCCAACAAUCAAACCAAAGCCAUCAAUUGAAUUGUGUAGUCAUUAUAGAUGCGGGAAGUACUGGAUCUAAAGUCUUAGCUGCUGCUUUUAAAAAGAAGGAUGGUAGCUAUUUGCUAGACAACUAUAUUUUUAAACGAGAAGAAGGUGGUUUAGCUGAAUAUGCUGAUGACGAAAAAAAAAGAGAAGAUAUAAUACGUCAUUUAUUAGAGCAAGCUGAAGAUUUUAUGAAUAAAAAUCCUCAUUGUGCUAGAACACCACUUUUAUUGAGAGCAACAGCUGGUUUAAGAAUGUUAAAUGAAAAAUCAGAUGAAAUUAUUAAUCAAGUAAAAAGAAUUUUCGGUGAAUAUAGCGCAAUAUUUCAAGUAGAUGACAAUUCGGUGGAAAUAAUGGAUGGUAGUGAUGAAGGGCUUUUUGCAUGGUUCACAGUUAAUUAUCUCUUAAAGAGAUUAGAGGAUCUCGAAAAUUCGGUAGCAGUUUUAGAUUUAGGUGGUGCAUCUUUACAGAUCACCUUUUACCCAACUGACGAUAAAAAAAUACCAAUGAAUACUUCAUUUAUAAAAGAGUAUGCGAUUAUGGGAAAAACAAAAAAAUUAUAUAACCAAAGUUAUUUAGGUUUUGGAUACAAGGCUGUGCGAACAAAAGUUUUCAAAUCGGUAGAUAAUAGUAAAAUAAAUUAUACUUCACCAUGUCAACACACAGCUGACCAAGUAUCUUAUUCAUUUAAUUUAAUAAAUUACUCUAUAACUGCAGAAAAUGCAGAAAGAAGUCCUGAUCUUCAUUAUUUAAACUGUAAAAAUUACAUUGAAAAUAUUGUUAAAGAAACUGUCGAACCUGUACAUUUAAAUAAAAAUAUAGUAGCAAUUUCUUUCUUUUACUACCAAGCUUUAAAUGCUGAAAUGAUUGAUGAACAUGGAGGAGAUGUCACUUUACAACAGUUUGAAAAAGUCGCAAAAAAAUGUUUUGAUCAGGAAUUUGAUAGAAAAAAUCCAUUCAAAUGUUUCGAUUUGAUCUACAUUUAUGUCUUAUUUCUACAAGGAUUUGGUUUUCCUGAUGAUACUCCAAUCACUUUUAAGAAAUAUAUAAACAAUUUUCAACUAAGCUGGCCUCUUGGAGCUGCUUACCAAGCUUUACAAUAAGUCAUUCAACCAUAGAACAUUUAAUAAUCACUGAAAAAUGAAGAUUAUCAUUAUUUAUUGUUUUUACAUUUUUAUUCAUUAAUUAUUU